AUGUCUCAAAACUCUCAUCAAAGGGAAAAGACAAAGUUUUCUUUGAAAUCAAAUCGUGGUUGGAAAGCAAGAACAGAUCCUAACAAGUUCGAUCCUACAGGGCGCAGUCAUUCGAUGAUAGUGAAUCCACAAAAUGGAAGAAAAAGAAACAAUGAUGCCGCCUACGGAAAGGAGCAACAUCCUUUGCCCAUGGUAGAACCAGUCGCUGAAUAUGCUCAUACAACCAUGAUGAACAUUGGUAUGGGUAGGCAUUACUUUGCGCAAAUGACUACAGAGCAGUUGAGGAUCUAUUCAAUAUUUUUUGAAAUAGUACUACUUAAUUAUAAGCCAACUUAA